CCUCCUCAACGCUCUUCUCUUGUCCAACUAUCCACAACUCCAUCCCAUUCUCUCUCUAGAGACCAAGAAAAGAGGAAAAAGAAAAGAAAAAAAAGGAAAAGAAAAGAAAGGGAAGCGAUGGAGAUGGCCAUCGACACGCCAUCGCCGUCGGCGUCCGUCUCGGCGGCGGGGGCGCCGUCGGCCGCGGCGGGCAGGCAGUCGCGCGCGGCGGAGUCGGUGCGGCUGGAGCACCAGCUGGUGCGGGUGCCCCUCGAGGCCCUCAAGUCCACCGUGCGCACCAACCACCGCCUCGCCGAGAAGGAGAUCGCCGCCGUCCUCUCCUCCGCCGCCGUCCCCGCAGGAGGAGGAGGGGACAGCGGAGACGCCGCCGUCGACCACCUCACGUCCCUCGUCUCCCGCCUCCACGGCCUCAAGCGCAAGAUGGAGGAGGGGGCGCGGGCGGAGGAGCUGCAGGUGCAGAGGUGCCGGGCGCGGCUCAACCGGCUGGCGUCGGCGUGCACCGGCGACGACGAGGAGUGGGAGGAAUUGCGGCUGAAGCGGAUCCUGGUUGAUUACAUGCUGCGGAUGUCCUACUAUGACACCGCCUCGAAGCUCGCCGAGACUUCCGGCAUUCAGGACCUUGUUGACAUUGAUGUUUUCUUAGAUGCAAAAAGAGUAAUUGAUUCUCUUCAGAACAAGGAAAUUGCUCCUGCUUUAGCUUGGUGUGCAGAAAACAGGUCUCGGUUAAAGAAAUCGAAGAGUAAGCUCGAGUUUUUUCUGAGGCUUCAAGAGUUUGUGGAACUUGUCAAGGCCAAGAACUUCAUGCAUGCUAUAGCAUAUGCUCGAAAAUACCUUGCUCCCUGGGGGGCUACACACAUGAAAGAAUUGCAGCGUGUUACAGCUACAUUGGUAUUUAGAAGCAGUACGAACUGUGCUCCUUACAAGGUCCUGUUUGAGCAAAAUCAGUGGGACUGCCUUGUCGACCAGUUUAAGCAAGAAUUCUGCAAAUUGUAUGGCAUGACAUUGGAGCCGUUACUGAACAUCUAUAUGCAAGCAGGGCUCACAGCUCUGAAGACUCCAUUCUGCUUGGAUGGUAACUGCCCCAAAGAAGAUCCCUUAUCCCUGCCUGGCUUCCGGAAGCUAGCAGAACCGCUUCCAUUCUCCAAGCAACACCAUUCAAAACUUGUUUGCUACAUCACCAAGGAGCUCAUGGACACCGAGAAUCCACCGCUUGUUUUCCCGAAUGGCUAUGUUUAUAGCACCAAGGCUCUUGAUGAGAUGGCCAAGAAGAAUGGAGGCAAGGUUACAUGCCCUAGGACAGGAGAUGUCUGCAACUUCGCGGAUCUCGUCAAGGCCUACAUCUCAUGAUCACACAAUUCGUGUAGAUCUCAUCUGGGAAGACACUGAUUUGCGUGGGUGAUUUGCACUCUGAAUGCUUGUACAUAGACUGAUCAGCAAUUCAGCACAUUCUCCAUUCUGUUAAAGUUAAAUCUGAGCUAUGAUGCAAAAUGCAAGAACUAUUGAAAUUUGAAACUAUUUAAUUUGAAACUAUUUCAUUACUGGUU